CCAGGACACCCAGCUGCUGGUAGUAAACUCCGGGCGGGAGGAGGCUCCCGCUGGCUCCACGUUAAUUAGUUCAACACAGCACAAGGGGAGCAGUUGGUGUCUGUGGAGGGUCAGUGCUGGAUGGGACCAAAUCUUACAAAGCCACUUGCUGCUUCUUGCCAGCCGGCUGUAAAAGGACCCAAAGAGUCCAGGAGAGCUGGAUGAAUCCUGAGCACCAGCCACGGUCUGGUCGGCUUUUCCCUGUGGAGGAAGUUAAUGGUUUAAGUGAGGGGCGUCUGGAUCUGGUCCCUGAGUCACCAUGACACUCCUGGGGUCUGAGCACUCUUUGCUGAUUCGGAGCAAAUUCAGAUCAGUUUUACAGCUACGGCUCCAGCAGAGAAGGACCCGUGAGCAGCUGGCAGACCAAGGCAUCAUGCCACCACUGAAAAGCCCAUCUGCAUUCCAUGAGCAGCGAAAAAGUCUGGAGCGAGCCAAGACUGAAGAUUAUCUCAAGCACAAGAUCAGAAGCAGGCCUGAGCGCUCAGACCUGGUCAACAUGCACAUUCUGCAAGACUCGGCUGCAGAGGGGUCCAUUCAGUCGACUCAAAUGAAGCUGAAAAGAGCCCGACUGGCAGAUGACCUCAAUGAAAAGAUCGCUCUCAGGCCGGGUCCUUUGGAGCUGGUGGAGAAGAAUAUUAUUUCCGUUGACUCUGCAGUGAAAGAGGCCAUAAAAGGCACCCAGGGCAGCUUCCCCUGCCCGGCCGACGCCUUCGCCUUCGAGGAGGAGGAGGACAGCAGCACGGACGGGCUGUCCCCGGAGCGGCCCCGCAGCCGCGGCUCCCCGGGGCCCGCAGAGCCGCCCGCUGCCUCCAGGGACCCAGAGCCGCCCCCCGCCCCUCUCACCUGUCCCUCGCAGGAUCAUCCCCCCAGUGCCGAUGGCCACGCUCCGGACACAGCCUCGGGGCAGAGCAGCCAGUGUGACAGCCCCAAGCAGACGGGGGGGCAGGACAGCCCCACGCUCCCCGUGCCCUCUGCAGUGAAGUCCAAAUCAUCCACUGAUAGCAAGAACCGUCACAAAAAGCCCAAGGACACGAAGCCCAAAGUGAAGAAGCUCAAGUACCACCAGUACAUCCCUCCAGACCAGAAGGCAGAGAAAUCCCCUCCACCCAUGGAUUCUGCGUAUGCCAGACUGCUCCAACAACAGCAGCUCUUCCUGCAGCUCCAGAUCCUCAGCCAGCAGCAGCAGCAGCAGCAGCAACAGCACUUCAGCUACUCCGGGAUGCACCAAGGACAGCUAAAGCAAUCGAAUGAACAAAUGGUCAAAAGUUCAAAUUCUUCAUCAACUUCUGUCAACAACACCCCUCUUUCUCCAGUGAAAACCACCUUUUCAGGCCAGACUUGUGUCUCAUCUAUCAAGCCAGGCCCUCUGCCAUCCAACCUGGAUGAUCUCAAAGUGUCAGAGCUGAGGCAGCAGCUCCGAAUACGAGGUCUGCCUGUGUCAGGUACCAAGACAGCACUGAUGGAGCGUCUGCGGCCCUUCCAGGAGUGCGGCAGCAACGCGGUGCCAAACUUCAGUGAGAUCACCACCGUCACCUUCCCAGUCACUCCAACAAGCACGCUGUCGAGUUACCAGUCGCAGUCCUCCACCAGCAUGUUAUCAAAUGGCUUCUACCACUUUGGCAGCACCAGCUCCACCCCACCCAUCUCACCCGCCUCCUCUGAUCUCUCUGUGAGCGGCUCUUUGCCAGACACUUUCAAUGAUGGGCCCAUGUCUUCCCCGCAGUUCGGUCUCCAGCCAUCUCCAGUUCAUGGCAGUGCUGAAGAAAGCCUCAUGAGCAGCAUGAACGGAGGGAGCAUCCAGCUGGAACUGGAAGGAAUUGACACAGAGAAAGACAAGAUGCUGGUGGAGAAGCAGAAGGUCAUAAAUGAACUGACGUGGAAGCUACAGCAAGAGCAGAGGCAGGUGGAAGAGCUGCGGAUGCAGCUCCAGAAGCGAAAGAGAAGCAAUGGCCUUGAGGAGAAGCAGCAGACUGCUCAGCAUUUCUUUGGUGUCCCCAUCAAGCAAGAAAACGCUGUGUCCAGCUGUCCAUUUGCAUCCAAACAAAAGACCUCGAAAGGCCAGGCAGGCAGCUCGGACAAGCUCAGUAACCGUGUGGUGCCGCAGGUGCCCCACAUUGUAAACAGCCACUGCUUGGAGCCUGCAGGGCAAAGCACCAUCACCUCCUCGACAUUCCUGAGCCCACAGUGCUCCCCCCAGCACUCUCCCCUCGGGGCUGCCAAGAGCCCCCAGCACAUCAGCCUCCCGCCGUCCCCCAACAGCCACUACCUGCUCCCGGUGUCCCCCGUGCCCGCGGACGGGCACAGCGGGUCCCCGACCGGCAGCUCCUGCCUCCGCACAGCACCGCAGAUGACACGAAGUCAGCAGAUGGAUGAGCUCCUGGACGUGCUGAUUGAGAGUGGAGAAAUGCCAGCCACUGCCAAGGAAGAUCGGUCCUGCCUCCAGAAAGUACCUCAGAUAACGGUGUCUCCAGGGAGCACUGGUGCCUCUCUCCCCAAGCCCCCAGCCCCCUUCGAGCAGGUCCCCCCCGUGCCGCUGCCCUUUGAGCACUGCCCGGGCAGCAGCGACGCCCACCUCGAGGUGCUGCUGAACAGCCCCCUGGGCAGGGUCAGCGACAUGGCCCUGCUGAAGAUGGGGACAGAGGAGCCCCACUUUGAGGGGAUGAUGGAGGGGUUCUCUGGCAAAGCCGCAGAUGAACUGCUCAACUCCCAGGAGAUUUUACAGACUCCCCUCUCGCCCAUGGAAACCCAGCUCUCCCCUUCCCCUGCCGAAGGCUCCAGUUUACAAAUGAGUUUCACUGAGUCUCCAUGGGAAACAAUGGAGUGGCUGGACCUCACCCCCCCCAGCUCUGCCACCGGCUUCGGGUCACUCACCCCCGCGGGUCCCAGCAUCUUCAACAUCGAUUUCCUGGAUGUUACCGACCUCAACCUGAACACCAGCAUGGACCUGCACCUGCAGCAGUGGUGAAGGGAGGUGCUGGGGGUGGAUGCUGUGAGCCUGCAGCAGGCAGUGCAGUGUUUCUGUUGUGCCGGAAAACAUGCGGGGCUAACGUGCCUCAUCCAGAGGAAACUGGAGUCAUUUUCCCAGCAUAUAAACUUCUUUGAAUUUCCCAUCACUGCAAAUUGACAGCACAACUCUGGCACUUUGGUUUUCCUCCAUUGACACAUCCCAACAGAGGACACCAGUGCCUGAAAAAACACUUCCUUUGAUUGACAAGAACUUCAGUUUUCUUUCUUUAGUCUUUCCCCCCCAGUUUUAGUAGUCACUCUCAUGAGAACUGGAGCAGCUUAUGACAAGACUGCAUGGUGAGAUGACCUCACCUGGGUGGUAACAGGAAAUCAUGGAGCAAAGAGCCCAAUGUUGCCCUCUCCUCUCCGAACCUCUCCGAACCUCUCCAAACCUGUCCUCUCCUCUC